CCCUACCAAACAGUGGAGGCCACGACAAUGCCUCUGAUCGAUCUGCUGUUUCUGGAGAAGAACAUUGAUAUUCGAUACGGAAGUGCCAUGACGUACAGCAAGCAGUCGUACAAGUGCGAGGAGAUUAUUACAAAGCUGAAAGACGAUCCACUGGCACUUGUAACCAGGUUGAAACCCAACGAGAGAAUGAAGCUUGUCAAAUACUUUGGCCAGCUGGACCUCAACACGGCUAUAGAAGAGGGAGAUGACGAGAUCGGCAUGGAGAGCUUCUUGUUCAAGUACAGGGCAAAUAAAGUCACAUACAGGGACCUGGCCAACAGAUUGAGACGAGCCGGCGAGCACCCAAACGACGUCAUCCGCGACAUCUUGGACAUGGCCGACAUUGUGGCGUCCUCGGGUCGCGCGUUGCCCAGAUACAGCUUGGAUUCUGGUGUCGCCAGGAGACUCUACAUCCGGUCCAGGGCAGAAGAAAAGAUGGCAUAA